CGUUCUCAUGGUCGGCGUCGCGACUCCACCGAAUCCGGAAAAGUAUCCGCAGUUGCAGGAUGACUUUUCGCACUUCUCGAAGGUCCUCGGAGGGGAUGGCUCUGGGGCAAGUCAUUGAAUGGACCGACUGCUUCGACUUUGAUACGCUGACUUACAGGUUGGUGCCCUUACUCUUCCUUUUUAUAAUUAUGCUACUAGUGGAGCUCUGUCAGUGUCGCGAACAACCAGAUCUGUUGGGGUCUCAGCACCCAGCUCUCCAAGUCUGAGGCCAAGCAGCAGCAAUUUCGAAAUUCGGAGUGGGGUCCAGAAUCGCACGAUAGCAUGAUUAAGAAUCUUCAGGAUAUGCCGCGCCCGUUUGGUGGUACUAUGCGCGAGCUUAUUGAGGCGAGUCCGAAACACUCGAUCUCCAAGAUUUUUUUUGAGUUGUUCAAGACUUGGUACCACUCCCGCACCGUUCUCCUAGGCGAUGUCUGCCACAAGAUGACUCCUGCAGCCGGCCAAGGCGCGGUGAACGCGAUGCAGGACGCUGUGGUUCUGGCCAAGUGUAUCUUCAGCAUGCCUGAUUCAAGUUCUGAGAGUAUCAUCGCUGCGUUCACAGAGUACUUCAGCCAACGCUACCAUCGUGCAGAGGCCCAGUUUGCUCGCAGCAAUACCAUGUCCAAGAUCACCUCAGGCCAGACCUGGACAGAGAGAUUGAUCCGCUAUAUCAUGUUCAACUAUAUACCAACAUGGUUACAGCAGCGAGGAUUUGCCAAGACGUUCGAGUAUCGACCCCAGGUUGCCUGGCUCCCUUUAGUCGAAAAUCGCGGUACGGGUCAUAUCCUACCCCAGGAAGGGCCAAGGAGCGUUACCCAAGAGCAAACGAGACUCCCUCAUGCUGCAGCAAGUGUAGCCUGAAGAUGACCAUCCUUCACUUCAAUAAAGCCGGCACUGCAACCCGUGUUCUU